CGAGACCGUAACGUACGGCGUGAUUUCAGCCGCAGACCAACAAAGAACAGUUUCCCGGCUCAGCCUUGCGCCCGUCCCAUGGGUCGCUCAGGCACACUCCGGGUGGACGACGAGAACGACAUGCAAGGCAAUCGCUGAUGACUGUAAUCAAUGCAGAUGAAAUAAGGAUUACAUCAGGGGCAUUGGAUGGGCAACCAAAUCGGCAGCCGUCUUCGAGAUGAUUUGAUGCCGGGGCAUGGAAGAGACGAAGAACGAAUGCCCCGCGAUGAACUCAACUCCAUGUGGAACGCGGUUGAUCCGGUCUCGUCUCCGGUCCGUCUGGUACCGUUCCGUACGGUAUGGUACGGGCCUCCAACCAAAAGGCAACGCAGAAAGAGCGUCUCCAGAGCGUGGCGGAGAAAAAUACAAAGAAGCAUCGUUGAUCCAUCAAUCAUCCUGCCAUCUGAGACUGGACUGACUAGCACUAGACAGACAGCAGACAGGCAGACAGACAGACAGACUCCCUACUCCCACCGAUCAGACGGCGCCAACCGUUGGGUUUCCAUUCCUCGAUCCUUCGCUCGCAUUAUUCUUACUAUCAGCUCAUUCCGAUCCCACCGCUUCUUCGGCCUGUCUUUCGCUCUCGGAAUGCUGGCCUGUUUUUGUCCGUUCCAUCUUGCGGAAAUCCCAGCCUGAAUUCCAUCCAUCGUCCAUCCAUCCCAUUCAUCUCCCCUGUUCUCCGUCUGGCUUGAUUCCUUCCGUGUUUUUCCACUUCCCCGCCCCAUCUCCCAUCGGGCGCAACUACGGAGUCGUCGCCAGAGCGAUCCCGGGCACUGCCUCUUUCUUUCUGCCUGCCUUUCGCUUUCG